AUGAGCGGCGUGCCGCUGCUCUUAGCCCUUGCGGCGUUUCUCCCGCAAGCCGACCACGUCGCGGGCGCCGGUGGUGGUGGCAUGUUCGGAGACGUCAAUAUAUCGGCUAUUUUGGACUCAUUUAGUAUAAGUUACGACAAAAGAGUAAGACCUAACUAUGGAGGACCACCCGUGGAAGUGGGGGUUACCAUGUACGUGCUCUCCAUCAGCUCUCUGUCUGAAGUGAAAAUGAUGCGUCGCGAAUUACCGCCCAACCGUUCGUUAUCGACACGCACCCGCGCCACCCACGCCCCAACUCACCCUCCGGGGAUGGGUAACGUCACCAUCCUCUGGUUUGGUUUUCACGGCGCGAGGCGCGCGCGCGACUCACGAUUGGGCUUGAUUGCAGGUCCGCCAGUGGAGGUGGGCGUCACCAUGUAUGUGCUCUCUAUCAGCUCCGUCUCCGAAGUGCUCAUGGACUUCACCCUGGACUUUUACUUCAGACAGUUUUGGACCGAUCCACGAUUGGCAUACAAGAAAAGGCCAGGGGUAGAAACGUUAUCGGUUGGCUCUGAAUUUAUUAAGAAUAUUUGGGUACCUGACACAUUCUUUGUAAACGAAAAACAGUCUUAUUUUCACAUAGCUACUACUAGCAAUGAAUUCAUUCGGAUACAUCAUUCAGGGUCUAUCACCAGAAGUAUAAGAUUGACAAUCACAGCAUCAUGCCCAAUGAAUCUCCAGUACUUUCCGAUGGACAGGCAAUUAUGCCACAUAGAAAUCGAGAGUUUCGGGUACACAAUGAGAGAUAUUCGGUACCAUUGGAAAGAUGGACUGUCAAGCGUCGGCAUGAGUAAUGAAGUUCAACUACCGCAGUUCAGGGUGCUUGGCCAUCGGCAGCGAGCAACGGUUGUAACGCUGACCACAGUCGGCUACACCAUGCGAGACAUCCGAUACAAAUGGAACGAGGGGCCCAACUCAGUGGGUGUUUCAAAUGAGGUGUCGCUACCGCAGUUCAAGGUGCUUGGCCAUCGACAGCGAGCUAUGGAGAUCUCACUUACAACAGGAAAUUACUCCAGAUUAGCUUGUGAAAUACAAUUUGUUCGUUCAAUGGGGUACUAUUUAAUUCAAAUCUAUAUACCAUCUGGUUUGAUUGUCAUCAUAUCUUGGGUGUCGUUUUGGUUAAAUCGUAAUGCUACGCCGGCUAGAGUGGCAUUAGGUGUUACCACCGUGUUGACCAUGACUACCCUUAUGUCGUCGACCAACGCCGCCCUUCCGAAGAUUUCCUACGUUAAGUCCAUCGACGUGUAUCUCGGGACAUGCUUCGUUAUGGUCUUCGCAAGUCUCUUAGAAUACGCUACGGUGGGUUACAUGGCAAAAAGAAUACAAAUGAGAAAGCAGAGAUUUGUGGCGAUACAAAAAAUAGCUUCAGAAAAGAAAAUUCCUGUCGAUUGCCCUCCUGUUGGGGAUUCACAUACACUUUCAAAGAUGAACACCGUAGGCAGAUGCCCGCCAGGGCGGCCAUCGGAGGUUCGAUUUAAAGUCCAUGACCCUAAGGCUCACUCGAAAGGCGGAACUCUAGAAAACACAAUCAACGGAGGAAGAGCUAAUGAAGAAGAUAAUCCAGGUCCACCGCCUCAUAUUUUGCAUCCUGGCAAGGAUAUAAGCAAGCUCUUGGGCAUGACUCCAUCGGAUAUCGACAAAUAUUCACGCAUCGUGUUUCCAGUCUGCUUCGUUUGCUUUAACCUUAUGUAUUGGAUCAUAUACCUGCACGUAUCAGACGUCGUGGCUGACGAUUUGGUUCUACUGGAAGAGGAUAAA